AUGGGUGCCCUCAAAUACGUCGAGGAGCUCCAGAAAAAGAAGCAGUCCGAUGUCCUCCGUUUCCUACUUCGAGUUCGAUGCUGGGAGCUCCGUCAACUCAAUGUCAUCCACCGUGCGUCUCGACCUUCCCGACCCGACAAGGCGCGCCGCCUAGGGUACAAAGCGAAACAAGGAUAUGUGAUCUAUCGUGUCCGGGUACGACGUGGUGGUCGCAAGAGGCCAGUACCGAAGGGAGCAACCUACGGCAAACCAACCAAUCAGGGUGUCAAUCAACUCAAGUACCAACGAUCGCUCAAGUCGACCGCGGAAGAGCGUGUUGGCCGUCGAUGUGCUAAUCUUCGAGUCCUGAAUUCGUACUGGAUCAAUCAAGACUCUACCUACAAAUACUACGAAAUCAUCCUUGUUGACCCCCAGCACAAAGCUAUUCGCCGGGACCCCAGGAUCAAUUGGAUUGUCAACCCUGUACACAAGCAUCGCGAAUCCCGUGGACUUACUGCGACUGGAAAGAAAUCGCGUGGAUUAGGAAAGGGUCAUCGUUACAACAAGACGACGGCAGGCCGGAGGAAGACGUGGAAGAGGCUCAAUACUUUGUCUCUCUGGCGAUAUCGUUAG